UGAGUUGCACUGGCAGUGCUUUUGAUCUAAGCCUGUGUUCUGGUCUAUCCUUGGCUUCACGCUGUCACCCCCUCUUUCCAACCAAACCAUAUCAAGUGUCUCUUUCAAAGGAGUAUUGUGUUGGUCAGAGCCUGCUCACCUCUAGCCAAUCCUGGUCCCUCUCCUCCUUCUUGUCACGUGUUUGCUGCAAUCACGGUCAAGCCAGGAGAAUGACUGAACAUUGAAGGUCCCACCCACUUUUGUUGGUUAUUAAACACAUGAAUUUGCUAAUGGAUCAAAACUUAUCUGCUGGAAAAACUGAAAGCAUUGCAGGUUUGUCUUUCGCCUCACGUCUCGAGUUGAACAUGAUUCUCAUAUGACGGUGGAAUUGGUGGCACAGAAAGCUGACUGCACAAAUUUAAAACUGGACUGUUGAUCCUGUGAAUGAUGGGCGAGGAUCUGAAAAAGGCGAACACUCAGAAUGGGCGCAUCCCAGAGGAAGCCAAAAAGCACGAUCAGCCAAAAGCAGCGGUUCUGCAUCAGAAUGUGGGUCUCGUAAGUGGCAUCUGUCUGAUAGUGGGAACAAUGAUUGGCUCAGGGAUCUUCAUUUCUCCCAAAUCGGUUCUGGAGGGAACUGGAGCCGUGGGUCCAUCUCUGUGCGUGUGGGCGGCUUGCGGAGUACUGGCUACAAUGGGGGCCCUCUGCUAUGCCGAGCUAGGCACAAUGAUCGUGAAGUCUGGCGGGGAGUAUUCAUACCUGAUGGAGGGCUUUGGGCCAGUGCCGGCAUACCUAUAUUCCUGGACCACAAUCAUCGUGUUGAAGCCUUCGUCAUUUGCCAUCAUUGCCCUGAGUUGUGCCGAGUACGCCUCCACUCCAUUUUACCCAGGAUGCACUCCUCCUCAAGUGGUUAUCAAAUGCCUGGCUGCCGCUUGUAUCUUAAUAAUUACACUCGUCAACUGUCUGAGUGUGAAGCUGGCCUACAGAGUGCAGAACUUCUUCACAGCAGCCAAACUCUUGAUUAUUGCUAUUAUCGUGGUUUCAGGCAUCGUUCUGUUGGCUCAAGGCAAUACACAGAAUCUUAAAGACCCAUUUGCAGGGGCAAAAACAUCAUUUGGAGCAAUUGGCCUUGCAUUUUACAAUGGUCUCUGGGCUUAUGAUGGAUGGAAUCAGCUUAACUUCAUAACAGAAGAACUGAAAAAUCCAUACAAAAACCUUCCCCUGGCAAUCCUUAUUGGGAUUCCCCUGGUUACUGUGUGCUAUAUAUUUGUCAACAUUGCAUAUUUCACUGUCAUGACCCCUGUUGAACUUCUACAGUCUUCUGCCGUUGCUGUGACCUUUGGUGACAGAGUGCUGUACCCAUUAUCAUGGGUUGUGCCUCUGUUUGUGGUCUUUUCCACUUUUGGUGCAGCCAACGGUAGCUGUUUCACUGCAGGCAGGUUGACAUAUGUGGCAGGACGGGAAGGACACAUGGUUAGGUUUUUGUCGUACAUCAGCGUGAAACGUUUCACUCCUUCUCCAGCUCUGAUGUUUAAUGGUUUCUUGUCAAUCAUCUACAUCAUCCCAGCAGACAUAAACACUCUCAUCAAUUACUUCAGUUUUGCUCAGUGGGCUUUCUAUGGGCUCACAUGCCUUGUGCUCAUCGUUAUGCGAUUCACUAGAAAGGACCUUCAGAGACCUGUCAAGGUGCCGAUAGUCAUUCCUGCUUUGGUAGUGAUUGUGUCCUGUUACCUGGUUCUUGCUCCGAUCAUAGACAAGCCUGAGUGGGAGUACCUGUACUGCACAGUGUUCAUAGUCGGCGGUCUUCUCUUAUAUGUACCCUUCAUUUACUACAAAUUCAACUGGACUCGCCGAAUCAUGAAGCCACUCACUAUGCACCUUCAGCUGCUACUGCAAGUUGUUCCAGCUGAAAAGAUUGAGUGACAGAUGUCAAACUGGAGGAAAGACAGACGUAAUAGUCAGAAAUGGACAGCAGAUUGAUCCGUGGAAAUGUGGAUAAAGGAUCCUUAAAGGGAACAUGGCUGCAUAUGGACAGUUUUUAUUAUUAUUAUUAUUCAGAAUGCAAGUCCAUCCAUUGUUUUUACAAUGUAUUAAAAGUCUUUCCCAGGUCACAGGGAUGUUUUUACUUUCAAGAAUGACACAACACUUCCAUGAAUGUCUGUAAAUUCUGACUUCCAGUUUAUCUAACUUAUUAUUGUGUAAUUAUAUGCUUAUAAGUUUGUUGUACAGGAUAGUAAUGAUAUCUUUUCCAUGUUCCUUGAACUUAAAUGCAUUAAUUGUGUUAAUAUAUUGUCAUUUUUUCACAGCAGAAGAAUUCUUAGUCUUUAAGUAGCCUAUUAUAAUUGUAGCUACUCGUAAAAGUGCAACAAUGCGAUACUGGAAGUAAAAAUCCUAUUCGUUUUCUCCAUAUGUGAACUGAUUUUUAACAAUAACUUUUAAAGACAGACCUGUUGUUAGCUUUUGUUGAGGCCUAUUUUAAUAUGCACACAUUUUUUAACUGCUCACCUUGAAUUUUCAUUUCAGUGGCAAUUUGAUGCAGUGAUCCAGGCAGAUAAGCAAUGAUUAUGUUUCGAAUAAGGAAUAACAAAUUUUAUUCAAUAAAAUGUCACAAUUUUAAUAUUUACUUGAUUAAUUUGUUUUUAUAAUUUUACAAAGUUUUUACAAAGCUAACCCCAGCUUGAUGUAUGUGAUCUGACUAUAAGGCCUUCACAAGGCUGGUCAGACGAGGGGCACUAAAAGAAAACCCC